UAGUAUACGAAACUACGACCAACAAGGAUUACCCUCAACUUUCCGUUUCAGACUCUCCUAGCGGAAAGCUUAAGGUCUAGCGGUGGAUUGUUACCAUCUGCAUUCGAAGCUGGGGUGAUUAGCCUGUUGACCACAGGUUUUGACAUGCUACGCGAACCCCUACCGGAGUCAACAACUACACACAAUGAGAGGUGCAGGCAACUGCUAGCGCCUGACUCUUCGACGACUCUCGACAUCACAGCGUGUGCAGCCAUGCUCACUGAUGAUCGUUGCCGCGAGUUUCUACAGCAAGCUAGAGAUAUGAAACUUCAAAUCGAUACUCACCCACCGGAAAACCCCCGAGUUGGCGCAGUUGAUCCACACACCAACAAGGAGGACUUAGAACGCGGCAUGGAGAAACAUGGAGAAUCCACUCGGACUACGCGUGUUUGGCUAGAUUCAGACACAUUAUCUGUCGCGUCACGGAAGGAUAGCGAAGCUACAUUGGUAGAUUUGCCAAUUGGCCACAAGGCUUUCUCACCCGUCCAGGAUUCUAUACAUCGCUCUGGCAAGGACGUCACACUCUCAGUCAAACAGAUCAUGGAACACGACGAGGCUCUAUUCUCGCACGACCCAAACUCAGCAAAUGUUCAAGCAUCGGUACCUGGCUCUAAUAUAUCAACAUGCUCGUCUGCCGACUCCUAUCCUUCGUCGUUACUGAAAAUUCCAACCCUAUCUAUGCCCGGAACCUGGUUCGGGCACCAGGGUCUUACUCGACCAGGUAUACUUAUGAUUGAUUUUGCGGUGGGAGAUCGCAUUAUCCCCGCAGCUUCGUCGAGCAGUUCGCCCAAUGUUGCAUUUACCGUACAACUUUCUUGUUUCCGCAAGGAUCCCCAUCAUGAGCUUCAGGAAGGUGACAGCCUGGAUACCACCCUUGACAAGAUCAGGAGUGUGGGAGGGGAUUGGCCUGCCACAGGUACCCUCGUAGUACAACCCCAGAAUGGACGCUCAACGCCAUCACUAAUACCCUUACGAGGUCAUACGUUCACAGAUUCAUCUCAUGAUGUCGGAGGCACUGGAUCGCGUUGCAUUAGAAUGCGAUACCUUUCGUCCUGUAGAUCUAGGUUUCUACUAGAAAUCUCAAUUGUAAAUCCUUUGUAA